AUGGAAAAGCAGGCUCAAAAGGCAUCCAGAUUUCCUCGUAAGAUUUCUCAAACUCCCACUGCAACAGAAUACGGAUGCGUGCAUUUUGAAGGCGUGAGCAUUGGCUUUUCGGCAUACAAGAUAAUGCACAAGGAAGUAAAUCGUCUUUACAUUGCCUAG